UUUUUGGUCUCUAAUACCUCAACACAGUGCAGCGUUUAUCAUCUGGAGGCCAUGUACUGAAACACUUGCAUGUGAUGGUAUUUUAUUUUGAAAAAUGUCCCGCUGGGUGACGGAGGGCGGCGGGCUGCUGGCCGCUCGGACACGGCGAUAAUCUCUCCCGAUGGUGCUCACAGAGAUGACGCGUGCAGGUAAAAGACGACACGUUUCUGGCAACUUUGUAAAACUCCAUUCAAACGGGAGACGUGAUGAGUUUGUGAGGAAUGUUGCGCACACCUGUACGCAAACGAGCUGUGACGUAAAGCGUGACGAUUCAUCUUUAGGAGUUUCUGCUUAAAUCCCUUCAUCGAUCGAUAUGUUUCCUGGGAUGAAACCGACACAGAGUCCUUUUAAUUAAUUACUUUUAAAUAAAUGUCUUUGAGGCUCACACGGACACAGGUUUGUGUUGUGCCAGCCUGGAGGUGCCCCAGACCCUGAUGAAGAUGGGCCUGUGCGUGCUCCUCCUGGGUCACGUGAACUUCCUGUUGGGCGCGCUGAUGCACGGCGUGGUGCUCCGGCACGUCGGCAUCAACAAGCAGGCCGGGGCCACGGGGCACGCCAUCGCCAACGUGGUCGCCCUCGCCUCGGGCCUCGUGGGAAUCGUCGGCGGUAUUCUGGCUAUCGUCCUGUCUAAAAACAAGAAGAGCAGAGGCCUGACGUGGUCUCUGUUGUCGGUCAGCCUGGCCGCGGCGCUCACGGCGGCGGCCUCGGCCGUCGGACUCUCCGUGUCCGCGGUGAGCGCCGCGAUCCGGGACGGGCGGAACCUCCUGACCCAUUGCCGCUUCCCCGACGCCGUCGGCUACUUCGGCAUCACAGACGAGUGUCCUUUUGACCCCACGCGCAUCUACAGGACCGCUCUGAUCCUGUGGGUGCCUCUGAUCCUGACCUGUGUCACCCAGAUGGUGUUUUCCGCCCGGUGCUUUGCAGUGUGUCUUUCCUUCCUGGGUCUGACUUGCUGCCGCAACAGGAAGACAACCAGGGACUUGAGACAAGCGAUCAAUGUGGUGAGGCCGAUGGGAGGAAGCUGCUCCAUCUCGCCCCACUGACGCUCCAACACGCCUCAAUGAAGCUUCAACACG